AUGGACAGCAUUGUCCCUGGUCAAAUGACAAUGUCGUCAUCAUUGCAGUGGGCACCUUCAUACGGUGCGAUGAAUGCAUAUUGCGGACACAAAAAGGAAGUAGUUCCGACCAGAUUCGCUGAAAAGUGGAACAUCACUUGGAACGGGCACGAUAUCCGAAUUGGAAUGAAUCUCGAGCGGAACAACUACGUGUAUUAUUCGAUGAGACGCCCAAAUCCCUGA